AGGACUCUUAUAAUAGGGUCUGAACUGAAACAAAGGGGAGUAAUUUCUGACAUGAUCAAAUCCUAGGGUUUUGUAUGUAAUUGUCGCUAGAUAUACACAAAUUCUACUCGAUCAGAAUCAGAGGCAGCCUAAAAUCUCAAAUCGAAGAGAGAUAAUAGGUUAACUAAGCCCAAAGAAAAGCCUGAAAUAUCAGAUUUUUUUUGUCAAUCUGAUCUGAAGACAAGGAAAAGCAGCUGUUUGGCAAGGAAAACUUUUCUGCAUGACCUUUUGAAAUUCUGCGAUGUCCGGAUUACUGAAUUCAUCUCUGAACGGAACGGCUUCAAAUCAUCCAGACAGUACUGGGCGGCCUUUUACUUCAUCUUUCUCUGCUCAGUCCGGUGCUGGCUCCCCUGUUUUCCAUCACUCAGGAUCUAUGCAAGGGCUGCAUAAUAACAUUCAUGGGAGCUUCAAUGUUCCCAACUUGUCCAGCACACUUUCUUCCCGAAACUCUACAACAAAUAACGUCCCGUCAAGUGCGGUUCAACAGCCCACUGGAAGCCUUUCUAGUGGACGUUUUGGACCAAAUAAUCUCCCUGUUGGCCUUUCUCAGAUAUCUCAUGGAAGCAAUCAUGGUCAUUCAGGUGUGACAAAUAGAGGUGGAAUGGGGGUUGUUGGGAGCCCUGGAUUUAGUAGUAGCGCAAAUGGUGUUGGUGGUUCUAUUCCUGGAAUUCUGUCAACCUCUGCAGCAAUUGGUAAUCGGAGUUCUGUUCCAGGUCUGGGAGUGUCCCAAAUGUUGGGAAAUGCAGGUCCUCGGAUUACCAGUUCCAUGGGAAACAUAGUCGGUGGGGGAAACAUUGGAAGGAGCAUGAGCUCUGGUGGAGGAUUAUCUGUGUCUGGUCUUGCUUCUCGCCUAAAUCUAGCUGCCAACAGUGGUUCGGGAAAUUUAAGUGUGCAAGGUCCAAAUAGACUAAUGAGUGGUGUGCUUCAACAAGCUUCUCCGCAGGUAAUUUCCAUGCUAGGAAAUUCCUACCCAACUGCUGGUGGGCCACUAUCUCAAAGCCAUAUUCAAGCAAUGAAUAAUCUUAGUUCUAUGGGAAUGUUGAAUGAUGUAAAUUCCAAUGAUGGUGCUCCCUUUGAUAUAAAUGAUUUUCCUCAGCUGACCAGCCGCCCCAAUUCUGCUGGAGGGCCUCAAGGACAAUUGGGUUCGCUACGCAAGCAAGGUCUUGGUGUUAGUCCUAUUGUCCAACAAAACCAAGAGUUCAGCAUCCAAAACGAAGAUUUUCCAGCUUUACCAGGAUUUAAAGGCGGCAAUGCUGAUUAUGCUAUGGACAUGCACCAGAAAGAACAACUUCAUGACAAUGCUAUGUCCAUGAUGCAGUCUCAACACUUCAAUAUGGGCAGGUCUGCUGGAUUCAAUUUGGGAGGAACAUAUUCACUGCAUCGUCCACAGCAGCAACAGCAACACGCUUCAUCAGUCAGUAGCAGUGGGGUCCCUUUUUCAUCUGUAAACAACCAGGAUCUUCUCCAUCUACAUGGCUCGGAUAUGUUCCAAUCAUCUCAUUCAAGCUACCAUUCACAGACCAGUGGACCACCCGGCAUAGGAUUAAGACCUCUGAACUCUCCAAAUUCGGUUUCUGGUAUGGGGUCAUACGACCAGCUUAUCCAGCAAUAUCAACAUCAAAACCAAUCACAAUUUCGGCUGCAGCAAAUGUCUGGUUUAAAUCAAUCAUACAGGGAUCAGGGAGUGAAGUCUAUGCAGUCCGCACAAGCCGCUCCUGACUCUUUUGGUUUGCUUGGUUUGUUAAGUGUAAUUAGAAUGAGUGAUCCUGAUUUGACAUCUCUUGCACUUGGAAUUGAUUUGACAACACUGGGGUUGAACUUGAACUCAACUGAAAAUCUUCACAAGACAUUUGGUUCCCCUUGGUCUGAUGAGCCUGCUAAGGGUGACCCAGAGUUCAUUGUACCACAAUGCUAUUAUACUAAACAACCACCUGCCUUAAGUCAAUCGUAUUUUCUGAAGUUUCCGAUGGACACAUUGUUUUACAUUUUCUACAGCAUGCCAAAAGACGAAGCCCAACUAUUUGCUGCAAAUGAACUGUACAACAGAGGUUGGUUUUAUCACAGAGAGCUCCGGCUAUGGUUAACAAGGGUUGCCAACAUGGAGCCGCUUGUGAAGACUAACACUUACGAGAGAGGAUCUUAUAUCUGUUUCGACCCAAACACUUGGGAAACAAUCCGCAAGGAUAAUUUCGUUGUUCACUAUGAAAUGUUGGAAAAAAGACCAACCCUACCUCAACAUUGACUCAUAAUUCCCAGUUUACGAGUGUAAAGUUUCAGUUUAGGUCAUUGUUAGAACGCAAGUCAGUUUCCCGCUUUAGUUUUUCCUUCAAUUGGCCAUUGUAAGCAAUUGAUGCAUUGAUCUUGUUUCAGUUCACAACCGUUGUUAGUCUCUUUACUUUUUCUAUGAAGCUCAAUAUAAGAUUUGGAAAAAAUAGGAAGAAACAAUGAAUCA